AUGCAGGAAUAUCUACUGACGCUGAUUGUUUUGUGCACAGUGUAUGGUGAUGGUGUCACUAAAGCUUCUGGUAUCUCGGAUUUUUGGACGGACGAUUACAAAGUGUUCGAGCAGGUAUACGGUAAGACGUCAGACAAGGAUCUGUAUGGUGAUACCCUGCCCAGCAUUAGUCUAGCAGACCUCGGCAAGAAGCGCGCCGAGGCUACAGAGAAGAAGGAACGGUAUAUAGACAACCAUGCAUUUUCAGAUUUUGAUAGUUACAGUUUCGCUGAUCGCUAUGCCAAGAUAUUUGCAAAACAAAUAUUAGCUGACGACGUUAAGACUACUAAACCUCCGAAAUCUUUUAAUUUUAUUAGUUACAAUGACUUCAAGCCGAUAAGUCAAGACAAUGAUCCAGAAACAUACAAUUAUUUGAAACGUUUAGAAGAAUAUAACAAAGGAAAAACCUCAAAAUACCCAAAAAUCGGCGGAGGUUUCAAACCAGUUUUGAGUUACGGUGAAAAUGAUUCCGCUGAACAGGCUUACAGGAGUAUUCAAGAUAUACUGGAUGCUCAUGAAGCUAAUAAGGGUGGCAAGAAUGAUGAAGAUGAACGAGAUGAACAGAUCAAAUAUUUGACUUAUGGCACAGGUAAAAGUAAGAAGUCUAAUGUAAGGAAGAAAUCUGGUGGUGAGAAGUCCAGGUGUGGGUCUGGAAGAUGCAGGAAGCGGGCAGUUAGCAGCGUCAGAGUAAAAAGUGGACCUUAUAUAAGGAAGAUUAUACAAAAUCGUUGGCAUUAG